AUGGCAACUCCCAAGAUCAGAUCAGCCAAUGCGGCCUCAACGUUCAUCCUAGCGCCUGAGUUACCUAAGAUCGAUAAGCUAAAAGAAGGCCGAUCGUAUGAGAUAUCGCUGGUGAAAUCGGAGAAUCUCUCGAAGAAAGCUCAGGAUUCGAUAUUCACGCUGUUUGAUGAAAAUAUGUAUGACCUUCAGAAAACAUCUUCUUUCCCAUAUACCGAACGAUCCAAACGAGAAGAACUAUUUAAUCGAGAUGCGAGGUACAUCAUACUUCUCUCCCCUCCCCAGUCACUUUCCUCAACACCAAUACCAAUCGUAAGUGGUAACAACAAGAAAGGGAAGGCUAAAGAGACACCGACGGAUUUUGAUUAUGAUAAUUUACUGGGCUUCUGCGGGUUCAGGUUUGAUACGGAAGAAACUCUAAGUAGUAGAGAUGCAGAGGUUGCUUAUUGCUACGAAGUGCAGCUUUCCAGCAAGUGCCGAGGUCAAGGAUUGGGUAAGAGGUUAUUGGAUAUACUGCAAGAUAUAGGGAGGAGAAGGGGGCUGGAUAAAGUCAUGUUGACGUGUCUGAAGAGUAAUGAGUCCGCUUUAGCAUUUUAUACCAGACAAGGGUAUAUACCCGAUGAGAUAGAUCCUACACGGAUCAAUGAGGAAGAACCUGUCGAUGAAGACGAGGAGGAAGAGGAGGAAGAAGUAGAUUAUAGAAUACUAAGCAAGAGCUUGAAAAGAACGUAG